AUGAAUUCCGGACGUCCAUUGGCUAAAAGCGUAACCUGGUCCAUUAAUCCGGCCCACCGAUUGGUCAUCAAAACCACAUCCGGCACCUUCUUGCAUCCGACCAUUCCGCAAGCUUCACGAAAGCACCUCUGCGUAGACACGAACAUACAUGACCAGCCUACUUUCUUGGUUUGGUGUCGAAGGGCAAGAAGGGACACGAAACGGCAAGACUCAACUUCGUACUGGUUCGUGUAUGCCUGUCCCCAGGACGAGCCCUCGAAACAAAACCCCGUGGUCACUUAA